CAUUUAUGUAUAUAACACAUUUCAAAAGUUAAUGGCAAUUCUUAUUAGCACAGACGCAUGUCACAUCCAUUUUCGACAUUACGAUUUUAUCGACAAUUUCGCAAAAUCGACGUGGUACCUAGUUCCCAUAUCUCUAAAAUGUACGUUGGUGCGCUGGUAUAAGCGUUACACGAAAAAGACCGGGAUGAUCGCUCUCAGGUUUCUCUCUGUCCGAACAAAGUCCCCUCCGUUCUCCCUUCCAAGAUCGUUUACGCCAAUCGCUAAGCUGACCCGCCUUCACACGGUGAUGUUGCUAUGGAACACAGUGGCGGAGCACUCGUUGCCACGACAGUGUAAGUCGGCACGUGACGCGACGCAACGCAACGCGACGCGACGCGCCGCGUCUGUCGAAUUGACGUCAAUUUCUUGGGGAAAAAAAAAACAAAAAAGAAAAAAGAAACUUCUUUUUAGGGAGCAAAAAGGUGGACGAACUGAUCUCGCGAGUGUACUCCAUUUGCGCGGAGAAAAUAUGAGUGUUCGCGAGCGCCGGUCUGGAGCCUACCUCGCAUCAUUCACAAGCGCCUGGUGGACGCGUUGAAAAAAUCGGAGUGCCACCUCUGGAGGGGCCUUUACCGAUUUAGCGAGAUUGGAAUUCGUGGCUGGACCCUUCCAGAUCGCGUCGGCAUGGCGAGCAUAGCAGCCGGUCUCGAGGUGCACGAGACGGGUCGGGCGUUACGCGUACAAACGGAAACACCGCAUCUCGUCUCCAUGGGAAGCGGUCGACUGUCGACGGCCGUGACUUUGCAUCCUCUACCCGAAGGUAAGAUCACGAUUGGAUCCAACCGAGAUGCGGACAUUUUGGUGGCCGGUACCGGCGUCGAAUCUAUGCAUUGUGCUAUCGAGAACAAUAAUGGUGUGGUCACUUUGUUCCCCAUAAAUGGCAAUACGUUCAUCGAUGGUGUAUCGAUAAAUUCGCCAGUAAGACUCGCGCAAGGUUGUAUGCUAUCGAUAGGUCGAUCGAACUACAUGCGUUUUAAUCAUCCAGCCGAGGCUAAACACCUACGAUCUGUCUUUCCCCACUCGAGAAUCUCAAUGGCGCCGAUAAGUUUUGCUCUUCCUGACGGCCAGCCGCAGGAAAAUCAUCAUUUAGAGCGAAAGCCACCAGUCGCACCGCGGAAAUCUCCUAGGAAUUCUUGCUCUGACGAUGAGAUGGGUUUUCUGAGCAAGCUGACUAAGUUUGAGAUGCUAUCGAAGCAAAACAGAACCAAUUGCGUUUCACCGAAGGUAUUUCCCGCUGGUGCUCUUACGACGAAUGUACCAGCCGACCAAAUCCUCGGUCAUUCAAGAUCGUCGAGUCUGGUAUCCUUGACGAAAUCUCCGGUGAACGGAUUCACCAUGAAUGGUAACGUCGACUCGAUAUCACAGAACUCGAUCAUUUACCAUGACGAGACUCGUCAACGAUCGGAGUCGCGUCUCAGUACGCCAACUCGAUCGAAUAAUGCAGUCAACGUGCAGUGCCAGAAUCACAAUCAGAUUAGAAUGUACUCGGCGGAAACAUACUUAAAAACGUGUAAACCAUAUCACGAGAACAAUAAUAAAAACGUGAGAUCUCCAUGUGUCGGAAUGACGUCUCCAAAAAUCGUUACCGCUCGAAGCGAUGACUUGAUGUCUCGAAGUAUGACUUGUCAGAGCUCGAACGAACUUGACCAUCUCGUCGAUAGGGAUUUCGACAUGAGCCAAAGCCUUAUCGUCACGAAAACGACUACUACAGAAUUUCUGCAAUUGGAGAAAUACGGAUCGAAUCCGAGUAUCUGUAACGCUAGUGGAGAUGCCAACGUUGAAAUCUUGAGGCCGUCUCACGGAUUCGGCUCAAAUCCAAAUGUUAAGCGAAUUCUACCACCAAGCCCGGCAUUUAAUCGGAAUCCAAGAUAUAAUGAGCAAAAGAGAGUUUACGCGAGGGUCAAGAGUCCUACCCCAAGUGUCGGUAGCAAUUGCUCCCUCGAAGAAUUGCGAGAAAGGCAAGCUGACGCGGAGAAUAAACGCAGGGAGGCGGAGACCAAGCGGAAACAAGCGCAGGAAGAGAGGUUGCGGGAGCAAGAGGUCGAGAGGCAAGAGAAAAUGAGGCUCGAGGAGAUCUUGACAAUGUGUGCCGAAUACGAAAGACAAAGCACCAUCGAAAAGCCGAGACAACCUAAUCGGAUCAUAACAAAUGGAUCUCUUCCGCGUGACAAGAGACUCGGCUAUAUUUCUUUCGAUAGUCCGAAGAGCCCAUCGAAAAAUCAACCGCAUUUCUCUUUUGAUACUAUCAAGCAAACCAAUUGGGGUACUUCGUCAUACGAGAAUGUGUCCGUGCAAAAUUCUAAAGUUAUUUUUCAAAAUGGCAAUUCGCCCGCCAAUCGUAGAGAUCAAUCUGCUCAAGUUGAAAAUCGUGACAUUUCCGUAGGAUUGCCAAAUACACCAAAUAAUAAUCAACCGGCGAAGUAUUCUAAUGUUCAUAAUGGCAACUACAGCUUCUCAGGUUCAAUUUCUCGUGGCAGCAACUAUGAAAACGUUAUCACUGGCAAUAAUAAAAAGAGCGGCAGUUACACCGACGGAACAGGGAAUUACAUGAAGGCUGAAGACGAUACCAAAGGCUUACCGUCCACAUACGGAACGAUUCGACUGAACGGAGCGAAAAUCGAACCACAGCAAACGACGCAAAAUGGGAACACGAGUAUUUACGAAAACGUUGUAUUAUCCCCGACGACACGGAAUAAUAAUCAUUCCAUGCCAAAGAAAAACAGCCAAUUGUCAAACUCGUACGAAAUGAUAGAAAAUAAACUGGCCAUAUCGAAUGAUGAUCUUCUUGAAGCGAUCGAGCAAUUAUCUAUGCUAUCAAAAUCCAAAGAAAUCUACGUGACUCCCAAGCGAAAUAAUUCUGAAAAGGAUAACGCAAAGUCCAAUGAAGUGAAAGCUGACAAAGAGAGGAAGCAACUGGAAGAGGAAGACAGGAAAAAAUACAUAGAAUUUUUGCAAAACGAGAAAUUGCAUAUUCUUGGUAACAUGGAUGCUUUGAAAAGGAGCGUCGCCGAAAUUGAAAUUCAAGAAGAAGAAAUUAGUAGAGAGCUCGAAUUGGAGAAAGCGCUUGUAUCCGCGGAAUAUGAAUCGGAAUCCUUGAAGCUCACGCAAGAUGAAGGAGAGAAGAUAAAGGUGCAAAUGAGAAUAAAUGAACUGGAAAGAGAAAUGGCGGAAGAUAAUGCGACUCAUUCGAAUUUGCAAGCUGAAGCGAAACAACGUGUUCAAAAGGCACAGCAAGCUUGCGCUCAACUGGAUGAACAAUUGACUAAUUACACGGAUGAAAUUAUGCAGCAGGAUAUUGCCAACAAGUUAACGAUGCAGCAGGAUGUCUUAGAGAGCGAAAGGAAAGCUUUCGAAGACUUGGAGUUUCAUCAUCUUGAAGAAGAAGCGAGUAAAUUAGCCACGAGGGAAGAGCUGCAAAGAUACUUGAGUGAUCUCACAAGUAAGAUCGAAAACAGGAAAUUGCAAUUGACUCAUCUGGAAUCGCAACGGUCUGAAGCAAAGAACGCGGCGACUAAAGAGGCCAGAAGUCUAGAGAGACAGAAAUUGGGACAUUUGAAGCGAUUGGAAGAAGCUCGAAAUAGAGUACGAGAGAUAAAUGAAGAACUCGGCUAUCUGGCCCAAAAUUCUGCUGAAUGUUCUGAAGAAAAACGAUCCCCGAGCAGAGAAGACUUCGACAGAAUCUCCAGAGUAACCAAUGAUUCUCCCAUCGUAAACAAUCAAGGUAGCUUAGGAAGAAAGACGAUCGAAUCACUGAAAGAAAUCGAAAGAAAUCGGCAGCUUCAUUUAGCUAAACAAGGGAGUCAAGUAAUCUCGGAGGAAAGACGUAGAGUCGAAGAAUUGAAAAGACGCGUACAGGAUGAAGUCCGUUCACAAUGGGAAGAAAGAAAAAUGAACUGUGCGUCUUUUAACAGCGUUGAAUCUGGCGAAGAAUCUUCCAGUUAUUCCACUGGACCAACAGAAAGUGGUAGCGGAAGCACCGACGGCGCAGAAGGUGGAAACGGCGAAAAAUUAUCGCCCAGCAAACUUUCGGAACUUACUUCUCCCAGUCCAGGACCGUUGAAUAAUUCUUAUAGUUUACUUCAAAAUGACAACAUGAGAGACGACAGGAGAACAUCGAUGGAAGGUGAGAGGCUUAGCGAUAAUAGUGGCGGUGGUGGCGGCGGUGGUGGUGGCGGCGGAAUUAUCGACGGAAAUGGAAGUCGCCCUCUUUCUCAGACAUCUAGCGAGAUGGAUACUCUUGGACCAUUGCAACCUGUCAAACAUCGCGAAAAGGCAAAACUUCAGAGACCACUCACGAGUCCGAUCAAGUCCGAGUCCUUGGAUCUAAGGCAUCAUAUAGAAACUGCCGGGCAUCAGUUACCUUUGAUUUACGAUGUUACGGUCGACACAACAAGUUGCAGUGGUUAUUUAUCAAAGAUGAGUAAAAAAUUUCAUCAUUGGAACAAGCGAUGGUUUGUUUUUGAUCGCAGACGGAAGACGUUAUCUUACUACAGUGAUAACACGUCCAAGAAAGCUCGCGGCGUAAUUUACUUCCAGUCGAUCGAAGAAGUCUAUGUGGACCAUAUGAACACCGUCCGAUCGCCACAACCAUCCCUCACGUUCAUCGUCAAGACAUCAUCUAGACUUUAUCAUCUUAUGGCACCCAGCCCGGAAGCUAUGCGUGUUUGGGUAGACGUUGUAUUCACCGGUGCAGAAGGAUAUCAUGAGUUUGAUCAUGGCGUUUGAUUUAUACUUAUUUAUAAAAAAAAAUUUCUAUGAUACGGAAACAAAUUUUCAAUUUUACGUAAAAAUAUGAUGAUUUUUUGUUUAAUAACAUUGGUCGACGCGGUUUCUGUUGUUUGAAUAAAAGAUACCAUUUCUGAUGUAUUUUUGUACGCUGAACACGAGCAAGGACAACGAAAUUGCUCUAUAACACCUUCAACCUCACUUUUCUCAAAAAUCUGACGUGAUAGAGAAAUUUUAUUGCCGGAUUCGUGUUCAGCGCGUAAAAAUACAUCAGAAAUGGUAUCUUUUAUUCAAACAAUAGAAAAAAAGUCUUAAAACGUCGGCCUGUAUAAUGAGAGAUUAUUUUAUAAGGAAUUAUACCUAAAAUCAGAAUAAUUUUUAACUAAAAA